UCGCGCAGUAACAAACUCGGACGGACUAAUCGGUGUUGUCUCCGUGCGAGUGAGAGCUUAAUUGCGAUCCGAUUCGGACUCCGGAAGUCACUCGGAGAUCAUGGCACUGUGUGCGCGAGUCCUGAGGUGGUCUCCGAGGACCAGCGGUCUCAGAUUGAUGUCCGGGGGAUCGACUGAGAACAUUUUCGCCGAUGAAGAGAACGUGUUGACUGAAGAAGAAAUCGAAGCGAAGCGGAACAUCGCGAGAGUCACAGACAGAUUCUACCUUCGAAAGAUGAAACGCGAGUACACCGCUAAGUUCUCCGAAGACUUCACCAUAAAAGCUCUACGAAAAGAUUACGUGUAUUUCGGCGAGCAGUCCGGCAUCAAUCCCGGAGUUUGUUGGCCGAACAAAGAGGAGAUGGCCGACUUGCAUUACGCCGAGGAAAAGUUUUUCAAGAGUUUCGAUACUUUGAAGAGUGAGCUAGCGGAGAAAAAGGAAGCAGAGAGGCGGGCUCGCGUAGAGAGAGAACAAUCCAUCGACGAAAAUCUCAGCAAACUCGACCAGUGGCGCAAAGAAAUGUUGGCCAGGGAAGAGAAAGCCAAUCAAGAAGCAGCGAAGAAACAAGCCCAUAUGGACGAACUCAUCCGUGAGGUCCGGGAGCAUAUCGGAUACAAUCUCAGCCCAUCUGAUCCCAAAUUCAAAGAGGUUAUGGAGAUGAAGGAGGCAGAGCGCAAGAAGGUCGAAAAAGAAGCCAAGAAGCAGCUCAAGAAGCAGAGAAUGAUGGAACGUCUCCUGAAAGUACCAAAAGUUUCCGACGAGCUGCCAAGAACCCCGGAAGAUGAAACGCGAAAGCCUGAUUCUAAGCCCACGUCGGACGACGAAGCUUCCGGAGCUCCAAAGUGAUAAUAUUUAUCGGAGGCCAAUGUUUAAAUAAAAAAUAGUUUCUCCC